GAACACCAGACUGCAUACUGCAGUCGGAAAAAUACCUUAAUUGUAUUGUUGGUGCUGUGCGUGCAGAGCUUCUGAAGUGCGGAAGGCAAAAUGUGAAUUAAUUUUGCAUGCCGUAAUUAGGGAGCUGUUUCAUUCGCUUAUUGCUCUAUCCUACUCGGACAGACAGGCAAGGUUUGGGUCCAUGAGUUCGACGCGUUGCAAGACAACGGAACAAAAUACUAGCCCUAUUUUGAAUCGUCUAUCUUUUAUUCAGUCUCUCUAUAAAAUUUGUGCUCUUGACUGAGGAUCAGUACAUGUACUUGUAGGUCAAGUGAAGAAUCGUGUUAUCUUAUCCCAGAUGUUUACCUUGCCUUUCCAAAGGAAAAUGCAAGAUGAAGCAGUGAAAACAAAGAGAUUGCUUUGUUACUAGAGAUGGCUCUUCAAGAUUUCAUCUUCAUUAGUAUCAUCAUCUGUCACUUGGUCUGUCUCCAAGGUUGUCACUCCCAACUUGUGGAUGUUGCUCUGCAAGUCAAUACCCCCACCUCCAACCCCAUGGUGGGAAGCUUUCCAUCGCUGUACCUCACUGACCAUUUGACCAUCAGCGUGGGCCUGCAAUUUGGUAGUGCUGGUGACCAUGUGAGACUCUCUGUGGAAAUUCCGGAUGAGUUUGCCCAAGUCGCUGCUGAGAACCUCACCAUCACCUAUGCUAGCAAUUUACAAGAUGCCCAGGAAAUCAUUCAGACUUCCAGAACACAACUGAAUGUGUCUUUCGGAGAGGUCGAAGUUAUAAAUGCAACACUUGGAAACACUAGUCUAGAGAACGUCAUAGACCUUCGCCGCACACUUUACGUUCAAAACUCCCAGAACAUAGGCUAUCUGCUAAAUGUAACACUGAGCGUUGACUAUGGACCAAGCUACGAAGAAACGUUCACAGCCUCCAGAAUUUUGAGUUAUGCUGGCCCUGAGGUUAACACCAAUAAGUUGGCCAUUGCCCAGGACCAACCUUUCAUCUUCGACCGAGAGAUGGAGGCCUCUGCCUCCUUUCAAAUUCCUCCAGGAUCCUGGAACAUGUCAGAGAUUCAGGUGAUCUCAGACUUCGUAUCUGAAGAUAUUUCCUUCAUCAAUCUGGAUGUCUUGUCCUGUCUGGCCACUUCCGACAGUCCCAACAUCACUUUCUCCAACCCUGCCAGCCAAAACGUGACCAGUUUCACCAAUGCCUCAUCGCCGGUAGCCUUUGUCACUAUCCAGAAUGCUACCAGUAAUGCUCGCCGUCGACGGGUUGCCACUGCGGGGAACCAGGCUAGUGCUACCCUCAUUUGGAAUCUGUUUGAUAUUGUCAACACGGGUGAUAGUGUGGAAACCGUGAACUUUACAAUUCGGUUGAUCAUUGGACAAACAGCACAGACUGUCAAAGGAGUCAUGAUAACCUAUACCUUCACAAUGAAUCUAAAUCAGGAGGACAUCCCUCUAGGUAAUAGUGUACUAGUGGUCUCCGAACCAGAUCUGAUACUGGACAAGACACUCACUGUGCUUGAUGAGGCAGUGACUGAGGAUCUAGACUAUUCACUAAACUACUUGCGCUUCACCACAACCCUGUCCCACUCACCCCAGUCUGGGACCCCUGCGUACGGGGUAGUGUUCAAGGAUCAGGUUCAAGGGUUCAUCUUGGAAUACUUCACUGACCUAGAGCCAGCCUAUGGGACAGAUGGUUUCACUGUGAGCUCACAGGAAUUGGUCUAUCAGGUGGACAAGCUGAUGGUUGGUGAUACAUUAACUUUCUCAUACAAGGCUUACUUCAGUGAUGACACGGUGACCAAUGACAUUGGUACAUCACUGACACAUGUUGCCAUGGCAACAUGGCACUCCAUGCCAACUCAGGAAAUAACAGCAGAGCAUCCCGGCCGUUCCUACAGCCCCACCGUCCAACCAGAGACCUGUAUCACACCUGUUGAAACCCAGGAGGAAAGUAUCAUCUAUGACCACGGCCUUGCAGCUGUCCUCUUCUUUGUCGCUCUCAUCAUUGGCUGCAUCAUCGUGGCCCUGAUCUGCCUCAUCUGCAUCAAGUGCUGCCGGAAGGGUCCCUACGCUACCGUGCAGCCAAUCGGCAAGAACGCCGGAGGGUCUAAGGGACAGGGAUUAGUCAUGAAUGCAAAGGGUGGGGCUCGGUCUGGCCUGAGUAACCUCAAGGAGUUUUGCUUGAUUGCUAUAGACGACAGCAUCGUUAUGGUUCUGGCUCUCAAAGACAAGGCUAGAAAGCUGCUGGAAUUUGAAAACUUGGACAUCUGGUGGACUAUCACAAUCGAUAUCCAACUGGAGCAGCAACGCAUCGAUGCCAUGGUGGAAUCUAGUAUCAACCUGGUCAGCAAAUGGGCAACAGAGGGCACCGUGCCAAAGAAAAUCUGUGACAAGUCCAACAGGAAAUUCCAGCGCAAAGUUAAGGACUUGAGCAAGACACUGGAUGAUGAGUAUAAGGAGGAAUGCCGAGAACUUAUCAAGGAAUUGAGCGCUCGGAAUAAACUGAAACUAGCUGAGCUUCAGAGAAAACACAAAGCCGAAUACAAUGACACCCUGACACAGACAAAAGGAAUGACAGAAGAGGAGAGGAGAGAGAUCUUACUGUUGCUACGGCAACAGCAUGACGCAGAGAAGAAUGAAGUGAUGCAGCUGCUCAAACUCCAUCAGGACGAGAGACAGGAGAAAGCCCGAAAGGAAAUUGCCAUCCGCAAGCGCCUGGGUGUCAAGUCACUCCAAGAGGGGUACCUUGAUGAAGUCAUCCUCCAAUCCAAGCUAGACGAGGAUGCGGCUGCGAGGCUGUUGAGGGAGCACCGUAGCAACAUGCAGGACCUGGAGACCGCCAUGGAUGAUGAGUUGUCAAGGCAACGGAUGCUGCUGGAGGAGAAGCUGGCCAAGCGGCGGGCGCUGGCACAGUCAAAUGAUUCUCUAGGUGACCACCACAAGCAGAUGCUGAACACCAUGGUAACGCAGACCCUGGGCGUCAUCGACGAGCUGGAGAAGGAUGACAAGCUGACAGAGGCAGAGGCAGAGCGCUACACCCAGAGAUUGAGGCAGGAGUUCAUGGCUGCUAAGGCAGGGUAUGACAAGGAGAAAUCCAAACAGGAAGAGGCACUUCACAAGAGGCUGAGUGAACUCAAGAAGAGAAAACUAGAGGAGAGGGCCCGAGAACAUAAGCAACAACUAGAUCAGUUUGAAAAAGAGCAGCGAGCAAAACUGGAAAAUAACAAUCUUGAUCCUUCACAGUACAUGGAUGCCAAGACAGACCUCCUCGCCUCCCAGCGCAGCGAGAUGCACGAGCUGGAGUUAUCCCUGGACGAUGAUGCAGCCAAGCAGUUGGAUGACCUCCACAAGAAGCUGGCAGGAGAGACCAAGGAGAAACUCACCAGGAGCAAGGAGGGGUUCUUCAAAGACCUGAUGAGUCAUGGAAUGACCGAGCGCAUGAAGAAUGAGAUCUUGGAGCAGCAUCAGAGAGACAUGGAAAGAUUAGCUGAAGAGCACGAAGAGCAGAGACUGAAGCAAGAAAGGCUCUUGAAGAAGCGUCUGGCUAGGCAUCGCCAGGAAUGGAUCAACAGAAAACAAGAGGAGAAACAAGAACAGCAGAUGAUUCGAGACCAUGAGGAGAAAGUGGUCGGCCGCAUCCUCGCCUCCCAGCUGGCCAUCUCAGAGGAGGACCGGCAGCGCAUCCUGGACGAGCACGAGAAGCAGCAAGUGGCUCUGGAUAGCAGCCUGGCACUGCAGAAACUCAAGCAGCGACGACUGCUGGAGGAGAGGGUGACUCAACGACGGGCCAGACAGAUGGAGAAACUACAGAGGAAACACACCCAGGAAGCACAGCGUAUGGCCCGCAAACAGCAACUUGCAGACAGUGAUGAAGAUGGAGAAGAGACGCAGCAAGAGUUGAUAAAGAAACAAGCUGAAGAGAAGAUUGCCCUGCUGUCUGGAAAUGACGCAGAGGACAUAGAAGAUGAACUUGAAGCAGUGAGAGUGGAAAUGAUGCAGGCCAAGGUUGUAGCACUUAAAGAGCAAGAAGAACAUCUUGGUACCUUGGUGGCUAAGCUACAGCUAGAGAGGUCAAGAGAGAUCGCAACGAUUGAAGAACAACAAAAGGCACUAUGGCAAUUAAAGAUGAACAUGCUGGACAAUAUGACAGAGGAAGGUAUCAUCCGCAACGCUGACUGUAAGAAGGUCAUUGAAACUCAUCAGAAGGAAGCUAAGAACCUGGAAAACAAGCUCAAGGCCCAACGAGAGAAACAGGAGAAAGAUUUCAAGCGUCGCCUCCGAGAUAAACUGGCUGACCGAGAGCAGAUCUUCCUUAGCAAGCAAGAGGAAGAGCUGCAACGACUGAGCGAAAAUGAAAAGAACAAAACCUCUGCCAGGCUGAAACGAGUCGCUCUCAAACACAAGCAUCUCAUGGAGAUGGAGGAAUUUAGACGUAAUCUUGAAAUUGAAGUAAAUCAGGCCCUUGAAGAUCUCCGCAGAAACUUUGAGGUGGAGAGGCUGAGACAGCUGCAAGAACAGGAGCUGCAGUUCAUUUCUGGGAUUGUCAAGCACGGUAAGUUUAGCCUUGCAGAGCUGCGCAAUAUUCUCUACCUCUUGUUUCCGGGCAAGACAGAAAAAGACCUAGAACCAUUGCUGAGGAAGAUGUACAACAAGGAGGAGGGGGAGGAGCUUGGUGAAGAGAAGGAGGAGGCUGAUGAUGUUGCUAAUAAUGGCAACCAAAGAAGGUCCUCUGUCAAGCAGAUGAAGAUGGGCAAACCCUCUAAGGCUGGCACAAGUCUAGAAGAGAAGAUCAAGCUAAGCAUUCUGGGUAAUACCAAUGACUCAGCUGUGUCUACGCCCAGCAGGGAGAGGAGGAGACCAAACAAGCUCCUUAAGAAACUCAAGAAGAACAAACAGAACAAGAAGCUGGCUCCCAUCACCAGUGGUGCCGGCCACGAUGACCAGGACCGCCCCUCCAAGCCGGCGUUCCAGGGCAACGCCCUGCCCCAGAUUGGGAUGCCCCGCCCAGAACCUCUGGGUGGAACGGCCACGCCCAUUGACGAUGCAGACAUCGACAGGAGGGCACGGAUGGAUACAGACUCAGAGGAAGAGGAGAGGCAGCCCCUCAAGAAAAAAGGGGGCGGAAGAGGGGUGAACACUGGCCAGUCUGAAUAUUCAUAUUAGAGGUCAGGUCAGGGUUGAAUUACUUGACAGCACAUAGCAGACGCAAGAGGUAUUUUCGGGGGUGAUUACAAGUGAAAGUUUUCCAAACCUGAGAUUUGUUCUUUCACUGCCUCCAGGUUUGAGUUUCAUAAACUUCUGGCUCAGGGCAGCUGGAUUGUUUCUGCUUAAUAUAUAAAUCAAAGUGUCUGAUAGGUGAUGCCAAAGUGUGCAGUACAUGAAUUUCUAUUUGGUCCCAACAAUAGAUAUUUGUGAGUGAUUCUCAGGAUUCUGGAGCUCAGGGAUGACGCUGAAUAUGAAAAAUAACCACAAAUUUGCUGAGCGGAGGCUGAAGUACAAACAUCACAUUGUUGCUAUUUGCUUUUAGAAAAUUACAACUUUUUUAAUAGUUUGAAUACGAAUGCUCAGAACUUCAAAGCAUUAAAUCCAAAUUAUAUAAAGAUGGUCUUUCAUGUAAAUAUCUAAAGCUUUAAACUUUCAGUACAGUAUUUUACAAAGAGGGGCAUAUGGAACCCCACUGCAGGCCUCAAAAGAAAUCUAUGUAUUUGAUUGUCCUUAUUUAGACUUUUUUUCUCUCCGAAUGGAAGUUUCUACCCUCAAAAAACCUUGGAGAAAGCAGAUUCCAAAAAAUGCUUCAGAAUGUUUCCACUUCUAUUUGUAUGCAGCUUUUUGUGUUUCCCAUGGUUACCUUGAUCACAUCAGCUCUGAUUUUUCUUGAUUUUGACAUGUAUUGAGUGCCUUUCGGUAAAUCUUCAAAAUGCAAGGCUGAGGUGUCCUUGGCAUAUAUUUUAUUUCCAGAGUUAAUUGUUCCACUAGCUGGUACUUAAGUUGAGAAUUUAAAAAGUUGUUUUUAGCUUCUUUUUUAGGCAAACAUAUUUUUGGACAAAAAUUCCACUCUCCGGAGGUGUUGGAAAAAUGUGUCUCAUAAAUAUAACUUAACAUGCACAGUAGUGUGGGUUUUAAAAACAGGCUGAGAUUUUCCCACAGAUGUUGUUCCUGAACACUGUUUUGUAAAUGUUUAUAUUUUGCCUAAAUUGCAAUUUCUAAUGGACUUUUUAUCGUGUGGUACUGGAGUUCACAAAGAGCCUUGAAUUUAUUCAUUCCGUUUUUAUCCUUUAACCUAUUAGGUGAAAUUCAAAGCAAUCUUUUUCAUACGGUCAUGCAAAUAUAUGUUUAUUUUAAUAAACCGUCUCAUUUGUUCAGUUGAAGGAUUUUAGUAUCUGUAUAUAUAAGCAAGUUAAAAUUUUGUUGCAAAAUUACUUCAAGAACAACUGUAAAACAGAAUACAUAGUUGUUUUAAAAUUUAUUCAUAAUUGACAUAAAUGUGUGAACAAUUUGUAUUGCCGAACACAAAGGAUCAAGUGGACAAAUAGAUGCUGGUAGUGGUUAUGACCAUAAAUAAAAACCUGGUUUUGAAAAUGAC